AUGUACAGUCACCUGACUGUGCUUGGCCGGUUAUUCAACCCCUGUCUCUGUCUUGUUCUUGUUCAUCAUGAUCUUAUGAUAAUAUUCGGACGUACUCGCAAUAUUCUGCGAUCCUAUGAUAGGGUAUACAUUUCCCCAGGCUAUCUCCAUUCCCGAAAGCCGGGAUCGUCACUGUCUACUCUUUCCCGCCGGGAAGCAGACAAAUGCAGCAAGGAUACAGAGAGAUCCAAGGGGUCUGGCCCAUCGGGAAUAAAUCCUAAAAGAUUCCAGUACAUGCCGAUAGAGUACGUCGAAGAUCUCGACAGAUAUUGUCCCGGGGGAUACCAUCCUUUACAAGUCGGAGACACUUUAGAUAACGGCCAGUACAAACUGGUCGAUAAGCUCGGAUACGGAGGAUACUCCACCACAUGGUUAGCCCGUGAUCUAAAAAAAAAAGACAGAUAUGUAGCCGUCAAGGUUAUUACCGCUGAUGCUAGUGCUUCCACGUCAGAGGCUAGUCUUAUACAUGCUCUUGGAAAAGCGCCAUCUAAACCAGGAAAAGAGAUCAUUCCUUCCGUCCUCGACCAAUUCUGGGCUAUCAGUCCCAAUGGCAAGCAUAGGUGUAUCGUUACUCCCCCUGCACGCAUGAGCUUGUUUGAUGCCAAGGAGGCUUCCACUUUCCGUCUAUUCCAGCCGAAGGUCGCGCAGUCAAUCAUUGCUCAGCUCAUUCGUGGGGUGGCAUUUCUCCAUAGCGAAGGCGUUGUGCAUGGCGACCUCCACCUGGGCAACAUCUUAGUCUCAUUCACUGAGUCAGUUGAUCAGUAUUCUACAUCAGAACUAUACAAGAGAUAUGGGGAACCCGAGCCCGAGGCCGUUGUUCGUCUCGACAACAAGUCACUAUCAAAACACGUCCCCUCACACGCACUCGCACCCGGCUGGUUCGGCAUUUGCAGCGAUAAUCUCCCUCAGGGAGAGGCAAAGAUCAUACUCAGCGACUUUGGCGAAUCAUACAACCCCCCCACAACCGUUCGAUCCUUCUCGAAUACUCUUCCCUGGAUCCAACCACCUGAAGCCCGCUUCUCAGACGAGCCCCUCUCUUUUGCGUCAGAAGUUUGGACCCUCGCCUGCACCGUCUGGGAGAUCUUUGGUCAACGACCUUUUUGUGACACAUUUUGUUUCACGGCGGAUAGCGUCACUGCGGAGCAAGUCCAAGCUCUUGGGACUUUGCCCGGGGAGUGGUGGGAGAAGUGGACUAGACGAUCGGAGUGGUUCAACGAGGAGGGUGAGUUAGACGUGAAGUAUGGCGCGUGUAGAACCGUCGAUAUGAGGUUUGACUACUGUGUGCAGGAGCCUCGGGCAGAGGCGGGCAUGGAGAUGGUGACUGAGGAAGAGAGGAAGGCGUUUAUGGAUAUGAUACGGUCGAUGCUGGUCUUUCGGCCGAGGGAUAGGGCGACGAUUCAGCAGGUUUUGAAUUCAGAGUGGAUGCGAGGCUGGGGACAACCCGCCUUGAGAGGCGGACUGGAUAGAAGAGAUAUCAAAGCAUCUCUGGAGAAGUAGGAUGAUGCUCCAUCCCGAACCGCG